AUGAUUUCCUUUUUGCUUACACAUCUGCUCAGAUGGCAAAAAAGAAACGCGAGACAAAAAUUAAUUGCUCAAUAUGAAAAAAGUUUAAAAUUUUAUGAGAAAAUCCAUGGAAUCUAUUUUAGAGUCACUAUAAGAGACAAUAUACCUAAAUUACCUACCUAUAAUUUUGAAUUUAACAGUAAAAAUCGAAUCUCCAUCUCGGAACUCCAAAGCUUUCGAGUACACACCGACAAAUUUCUUUUAUGUCGAGUAAUCACGAGAAGUGUCUUUUAUAACUCUCUCACUACGAUUAUUGAAGAUCCAGAAGGAAACGCAGAAAAGUUAUCAUUGUAUAACUGGGUCCCACUUCAUAAAAUUCCGGCUAAUGGGUUAUCUAUUAAACAAGCUUCUAAAAUACUUCCUAUUGGGAUGAUACUCGCUAUACGUGAUCCAUAUUAUAAAAUUGGAUUAGAUGGAUUACCAUUUAUUCGCUCCGAUAAUCCAAGCGAAAUAAAGAUUGUGAGACCAAAUGAUAAAUUGCUCUCAAAAAUAAAGUGGGAAACCGACACUGACACCUCUGAAGACACGAAAUCAGAAAAGCAGAAAGCAUCUGUUGAUGAUUUUCGCGUACACGGUAAUGAAUGUUUUGAAAAUGAAGAUUUUGAAUCGGCCAUUGACGAAUAUUCGCGUGGCAUUGAAUUAUACCCGCAUGAUGUCAGACUUUAUGCGAAUAGAGCAGAAGCGCAUUUACGUUUAAAACAAUAUAAAAAAGCACUUGAAGAUGCAGAAACUGCACUAAAAAUUGAUCCUAACCAUUUAAAAGCAAACGUUCGGAAAGGCAAAGCUCUUUAUCAACUUAAACAAUAUAAAGAAGCAGUAAAAAUAUUCAAUAAUUUGCAUGAAAGUAUGAAAUCAGACGAGCCUAAAUUUGCCAUCAUGCAACUUUUGAAUCAUUCACAAAACCUUUAUUUUGAAAACAUGUCCGGAAUUUAUGAUUAUUACAAAAUAAUUAACGAAUCUUUGCGAGAAUAUAAAAAAGAAGUUAAAGGACCAAGAUUAGAACAUGCCGAUUAUACUACUGAUGCAAUUAAAAUCAAAUACGUAGGGACAAAGGGUAGAAGAGGAUGGGUUGCUGAACGAGAUAUACCAAAGCAUACCUUAUUAAUGGCUUCGAAAGCAUUCGAAAUCGUGUACGAUUAUGAGAAUCCUAAUUUUUUACACAAAGACUACAUUAAUAGAAUGCUCAUCAAUACGGGCUUGAUUGCAUCGAUUGCUCAAAGAAUCUUAGCAGAACCGGAACUUGCGCGAGAAAUCUAUAAAUUAUAUUCUGGUCCUAAUUUAAUUCCUGGAGAAAAACUUGAUGAAAAUUCACUUAAAGGAGUUGAUAUAAAAAGAAUAGAAGAAAUAGUUCGUUAUAAUGCUUUCAAGUCAGAAGAUAUUUUUCGAAACUUUCGAAAUUCUGUAAACAGUAAAAAUUUAAUAGAAUAUCCUUCAGGGUCUGGCCUCUGGACGCUGCCUUCCUAUUUCAAUCAUUCAUGCAUUGAUACAAACGUUGGAAGAAUAUUCAUAGGGGAUUUAAUGUUUUUGCGCACUUUAAGCUCAAUUAAAAAAGGCGAAGAGUUGACCUUACCUUAUGUCGAUCCUAUGGAUGAAAAUCGCACUAGUUCACUUGCAUCUUUUGGCAUAAACUGUCAGUGUAGGCUUUGCCAGUUGGAACGAGCUGAAUCUAUCGAAACGAAGCAACAACGUGCUAUAAUUCUAAAACGUUUUGAGUCUAAUAUCAAAGAUAAAAUUCUAUUAGCUUCUAAAAUUUUUUCGGUAUAUGCGUAUAUCACAGAAUUAGAGAGAAUGAUAGAAGAGUUACGAUCUCUUAGAACAAAUAAUCAAGAUCUAGAUUUCUCAUCUAUUCCACUCAAAUUUGCGUUGCUCAAGUGCUAUUAUUUAACUGGAAAACCAACUCAAUCUAUUGCGAUUUUAAUGCAAAUCUAUGAAAUAUUUAAGCAAAAUAAUUUUUUCUAUCUGUCGUAUUCAAUAGCAUUUCAACUAUCAAAACUCUACUCUAAUUUGGGACAGAGUGAGACAGCAAAAAAAUAUUUUAAUGUAGGUUUGUAUGAGAUGGCUUCUUUUAUUAUCGGGGAUUUUGAUAUUGAAAAUAUUCAAAAAAGAAAUGAUGCAUUACAAAUCGUAAAAACUAUUAUCCCAGACUUAGAGAAGUGGUUACGUAACUAG